CACAGCGGUGUGAACUACAAAACAUGUUGUGACAUCUCUAAUGUCUCAGUUUGCAUGAAAGUUUGUGUUUUGUUGUUGUUCUUCUGUGAAGAGUUUCCAGUAAGUCUGUGGGUCACUGAGCUGGUUAGUGGAGACCUCAUGGUUUAGAGUCUGACUGCUCAGCUGCUGCUGGUGUUUAAACGAGUUCGUAUACAUUUUGUGAGAAACAGUCAGUUUAAGAUACAAACUUGUAAAGAAAAUACGUUUAAUAGUUUAGAAAGAGUUUAAGAUAUAAGUUAGACAGCACGUAUUAAGACCGAAUGCAUUCAUUUGAGAAUACUGGUGUAGUUCUUUAUCGCAUUUGUUUAAAACAAUAGAUUUUCUCUGUGUUUUGUAAAGAAAUUCCUCUGAUACAGACCAGUCAGAGGACAGAGAGCUGUUUUCUAUCAUUCCCCUUCCUGGUCCCUUUCUAAGGGUACAACAUAUCCAGUAAUUAUAUGUCUACAAAGAAACUCAGACAAAGAAGAAUGUUAGUGCGGCUGGAUUUAAAGGCAGUAGAGGAGAUUUAAUUUCCUACGACUUUGAACGUAGCAUGCGCAUGCGCACAUACAACCUCUCUCACCCCCCUCUAACCUCCCCCCUCUUAACGUUUACGAAGAAACGCCCCCCUCCAGAAACUUGCGUAGCACUCGUGAAGUUGUCUUUUACGGCUGGGUCCCCCUGGAUCUUUAUCUGCCAUUAUGUAAAAAAAAAAAAAAAAAAAAAGAUGAGCAAAACAAGUCGCCAGCUAACUACGAAGCUAUACCAAAGCAACACAUACACAAAACACGUAAGUCCAAGGCUUACGUAAUCUACGUAACUAGGCCUGAGCCGGAAGAUUUUUGAUUGACAGGAAAGGGAGCAAACCAAACACCUCGGUCCGAGCGCUUUGAUUGGCUGAUGUUUUUCAGGCCCUGCCAUGUCCACAGUUAUUUUUAUUUAUUUUUAUUCUUUUAGAGACCAUACAUACAAGUCCACUAAAGAUCUGCACUGUGAGGAUUGGUGGAACCAACGUGGAGUGAAGUGGAAGAGCUGAAAGGCCACAUUGACUGCAGGAUCAAUCGAAUUUGAGUUGGAGGAGAGAGAAACUCAGUCGCUGCUGCUCAGAGGAGAAAAUGGCUCAGGAAGGAGUUCAGCUGGACCAAGAAACCUUCUCUUGUUCCAUCUGUCUGGAUCUACUGAAGGAUCCGGUGACUAUUCCCUGUGGACACAGCUACUGUAUGACGUGUAUUAAUACCCACUGGGAUGGAGAGGACCAGGAGGGAAUCCACAGCUGCCGUCAGUGCAGGAAGACUUUCAGACCGAGGCCUGAUCUGGCGAUAAACAUCAUGUUAGCAGCUUUAGUGGAGGAGCUGAAGAAGACUGGACUCCAAGCUGCUCCUGCUGACCACCACUAUGCUGGACCUGAAGAUGUGGCCUGUGAUUUCUGCACUGGGAGGAAGAGGAAGGCUGUCAAGUCCUGUUUGUUCUGUCCAGCGUCUUACUGUGAGAAUCACCUUCAGCCUCACUAUGAUGUACCUCCAUUGAAGAAACACAAGCUGGUGGAGCCCUCCAAGAACCUCCAGGAGAACAUCUGCUCUCGUCAUGAUGAGGUGAUGAAGAUGUUCUGUUGUACUGAUCAGCAGCUGAUCUGUUAUCUCUGCUCUGUGGAGGAACAUAAAGGCCACGACACAGUCUCAGCUGCAGCAGAAGAUACUGAGAGGCAGAAAGAGCUGGAGGUGAGUCGACUGAACAUCCAGCAGAGAAUCCAGGACAGACAGAAAGAUGUGAAGCUGCUUCAACAGGAGCUGAAGGACAUCAAGGUCUCUGCUGAUAAAACAGUGGAGGACAGUGAGGAGAUGUUCAGAGAGCUGAUCCAUCUGAUCCAGAACAGAAGCUCUGAGGUGGAGCAGCAGAUCAGAUCCCAGCAGGUGAUUGAAGAGAAUCGAGUCAAAGAGCUUCAGGAGAAGCUGGAGCAGGAGAUCAGGGAUCUGGAGAGGAAAGACGCUGAGCUGAAGCAGCUCUCAGAUACACCAGAUCACAGCCAGUUUCUCCACAACUACCCCUCAGUGUCAGCACUCAGUGAGUCCACACACUCAUCCAGCAUCAGCAUCCGUCCUCUGAGACACUUUGAGGACGUGGUAAAAGAUGUGAAAGAGGUCAAGGAAGCAAUGCAGGAAGUUCUGACGGACUCUUGGGAAUGCACCUCACAGAUGAUCUCUCUUCCAGAUGUUUUACUGUCACAGCCACAACCAACAACCAGAGCUGAUUUCUUAAGAUAUUCAUGUGGCUUCAGUCUAGAUCCAGACACAGCACACCCACAGCUGUUUUUUUCUAAUGGAGACAGAAAAGUAUCGGUGGUGGAAUACAGUGUGAAUCAUCCUUAUCAUCCAGACAGAUUCAGUUUUUACUAUCAGGUUCUGAGCAAAGAUUGUCUGAUUGGACGUUCUUACUGGGAGGUGGAGAUGACAGGGUUAGUUAAUGUAGCAGUCGCAUACAAGACUGUCAGCAGAUCAGCAGAUAAAAGUGCAUUUGGGAUGUUUGAUGAUUCCUGGUCAUUAGAGUCUUAUAACAACAGUUUUGAGUUCAUGCACGAUGGCGUCCGAACUCCUGUCUCAGGUCCGCGGUCCUCCAGAAUAGGAGUUUAUCUGGAUCACAGUGCAGGUAUUCUGUCCUUCUUCAGCGUCUCUGAAACCGUGACUCUCCUCCACACAGUCCAGACCACAUUCACUGAGCCGCUAUAUCCUGGACUCUCGCUUUAUUGUACUGGAGUCACAGCUGAGAUCAUUAUUUGAAAUAAACUCACAUCUGUCACAGUUCAGGGGUUGAAAUCAGAGAUUGAACUCAUUAUGCCUUUUAUUCUAAACGUGAAAAUAUCAGCUUCUCUGCGCUCUGAAUGUCUGAUGAACUUUUGUAUGGAUCUGUUUGUUUGCUGCAGUUUUUCUUCAUGAACCUCAGCAGAGAAAUCAGCAGACCUUCUUCUUCCACAGAGAUUUUAUUCUCACCACUUUGUAAAUGUGUGAAGAAAUGUAGGAUUGCAUUUGUUUCCAUUGUAAAUAUGUUUGUUUUCAAAAAGAUAUACAGCUGCUGUGCUGUAAAGCCGUAGCUCUGAUCGUUGUUGACGAGGAAAUCAUUAAUAAUAACUGAGGUUCCGGGCUUUUUUUUCAUUUUUGUUUUUUUGUUUUUACAUGUUCAAUGAGUGAAUGAACUGUUGCUUUUAAUCUUGAACAAAACUGAUUUGAUCUUUGGUCUGAUUGGAAAGAAGAUUUUAUUCACAAAGAUUUGUUACAGACAUAAAAAAGAAAUGGUCAAAGACUGAAAAUAUACCUUCUGACUUGUUUUUGGUAGAUUAAAGCCUUUAUAAAAA